UGAGGGAAUAAAUGAAUCUGGGACUCUCUUCCUGAUCUGGGAGUUGAUCUCACCAGCUUUAAGCAUCAACAGCACUGUCAUUUAAUCCUACUCACUUUUAUAUACAUUUCCAAAAGUUGUACAGAUUAUUUUUUUGAUUAAAGUGAUCCGACCCACAGUGAUGGCUACAAUAAUGAGCCCAUACUCAUGGACAGAGGGUCUGGACUCUCCUGCUGGCGAAGGAAAGCCAAGGGCUGGGCUCACAGCUCACGAAUCUUCAGGCAGGAACAAAGCUGAGCCACGAAUCCGGAGACCCAUGAAUGCAUUCAUGGUCUGGGCUAAGGAUGAGAGGAAACAACUAGCAAUCCAAAACCCUGAUCUACACAACGCAGAGCUCAGCAAAAUGCUGGGCAAAUCAUGGAAAGCACUCAGUCCUUCACAGAAGAGGCCUUUUGUGGAAGAAGCUGAAAGAUUGCGAGUCCAGCAUAUGCAGGAUCAUCCUAAUUACAAAUACAGGCCACGGAGGAAAAAACAGAUCAAACGUCUCUGCAAACGUGUAGACCCCAGCUUCCUGCUCAACAACUUCCCCCAUGAUCAGCCUCCUGUCCACACUGGAAGAAUGUGCAGUAGACCUCUGGAGGAGGAAGAGGAUAAAGGCUAUCCACCAGCCUCAAGACUUCCUGCAAUCAGGAGAUUCAGGGAAACACAGACAACAAACAACAGCUUCGACAACUAUGGACUACCCACUCCUGAGAUGUCCCCUUUAGAUGUGAUUGAUUCCGAUCACAGUUUCUUUCCACCUCCAUGUACAGAAGAUUCACCCUCUCAGAUGAAUGGAAUAAUGUAUCGGUCAGAUUACAGUCAAAGCCCCAUUCAAUGUGGACAUCUCAGUCAGAUUUCAAUCCCCCAGAAUAGAUCUACCACAAUGCACCCUGCAGCCAGCCAUCCUCCACCACCUCCUUAUUAUAACCGGCUCCAGCAUCCAGCCUUCCAGUCCAUGAACUCAGGCACAUCUGUCCACCUUUCUCCCCCUCAUGACCACCAUCAUCUAGAUAACCUGGAACAUAUCAGCCAGGCUGAGCUUUUAGGAGAAGUGGACCGCAAUGAGUUUGAUCAGUAUUUGAACACCUCUAGUCAUCUAAAUCAAGCAGGGAUGGUAAUUAAUUCACAUCUACCUGACGUCAGUUUAUCUGGGGGCACAAGUUCAGAGAGGAGCCUUAUAUCUGUGUUAGCAGAUGCUACUGCAGCAUAUUACAAUAGCUACAGUGGCUCCUAGACCAAACAAAUAGACUUGAACUUUUCUGAGUAACAACAGUAUUAUUUACAAAGAUUGCUGGACAUUGAAAUAUCCUCAGGGUAGCAAAAUAAACUAGCAAUGCAUUUCCAUAAAUGAUGACAAAAUAUUUAUGUUGACUUGAAGUAAUUUCUUUUUGCAUCACUUCUAGAAUAAAAUGUAAAGCUAUGUGAUACUUGGACUGCUUGCUUUCCAAACGUUAGGCUGAAACGUUUGUACUUGUAAAGAGCUUGCAAGAUAUAUUGAAAUAUCCAGUGAUUGCUUCAUCUUUUUCUUUUUGGUUAUUGUAAGCCUUCUCAUUUGAAAUGUUUGCAUCCUGUUCUAUCAGAUUGAGAAAAUUUAAGUGAUCUGAACUAACUGAUCUAUUUCUGAAUGAAUCAUGAAUUAUCUAUGUUUUCAAUUUAAUAAAUGUUUCAUGGAGUAAUAA